CUUUUCGAUGACAUAAUAUUUUUAUACCGUGUUUAAUAAUGAAAAUUAUUUUGUAUAUUUAUUUUUGUGGAGAUGGAAUAACGAUAAUUCAUAUAAUAUUGUGUGUUCCAAUUGUAUUAAUCAUUUAUUAGUAAUGAACCUAUCAUUUAUAAUUAUAAACUGACUAAUGUUAUAAUAUCUAGCAAUAAUAAUCAGGGUUCCCAAAUUAGUGGUUUCCCCCCAAAUUUAGGGGUAUAAGUUGUGUGAAAAGGAUUUUUUAGGCUCUAAAUAUUUUUAGAAGUAGCUAUUUUUUUUUAUAUAUAUAUUGUUUCGCAAUCGUAUUUAUUUGUUGGCCUGGUGAUUAAGUGACUUAAGGAUGAGUUAAAUAAAAGAUUGGCGUAACAUCAAGUAAAGUUCAUUGACUAUUAAAGUUAAGAUGUUGACAUUAAACUCCGUGGCAAAUGAAUUUCUGAAAGUGCUGCAGGCGUCAUCAGGCUCUCCUUUGGUGCGUUGGCUGCUAAAUGCACUAGCUAUAUCUAGCGCCAUUCUACCCACUGGAUGGCCUGAUAACUACAAACUAACAGAUGGUGAAAGGUUCGACUUCAUCGUGGUAGGAUCUGGUUCCGCUGGAGCCAUUGUUGCGGCGAGACUAAGCGAGUCACCAUUGGUCAAUGUCUUGCUCAUCGAAGCCGGUGGUGAUCCUCCACCAGCUAGUGUGGCACCAAGCUUAUUCGCUAUUCUUGCUAAUACCGAAUACGAUUGGGGUUACAAAGGAUACCUCGAUGAUGAAGUCGGCCGCAGUCAUCCCGGCAGACAGAUAUUCAUGACGCGAGGCAAGAUGCUAGGCGGCUGUUCUUCAAACAACUAUGAAAUAUAUUCUAGAGGAGCACCACAGGAUUAUGACGACUGGGCCCAGGAAGCUCCCGGUUGGGACUGGAAUACUUGUCUCUAUUAUUUCAAAAAAUUAGAAAAUAUGACUGAUGCCACCGUUUUUCAAAAUCCAUAUAAUGCUUAUUUACAUUCCACUAACGGGCCGGUUAAAUUAACGCGGCCUGACCCUAACCCUUACGUUUCAGCAAUAAACGAAAUUGUCCUUAAUAGUUAUCAAGAGUUGGGAGUCAAGGUAGUAUUAGAAAAUAACGGCCCAGAAAUAGAAGGCGUUUCGCAACCUCACUUCACUUUUGGAAAUGGUCGAAGAUCAAGUACUGCAGAGGCUUAUUUAAAACCUAAUAAGGAUAGACCUAAUUUAAAAAUAGCAAAAUAUUCAAGAGUAUUCAAAAUAUUAGUGAAUCCAUACACAUUGAAAGCUGACGGCGUUGAAGUUCUUCUACAAGAUGGUACUUUAUGCAAGGUGUAUGCCGAUCUGGAAAUUAUAGUAUCAGCUGGCACUAUCGAUAGUCCAAAACUGUUGAUGCUCUCAGGGAUAGGACCUAGAGAGGAAUUACAAAAACAUGGUAUAAAUGUUCUUUUAGACUUGCCAGUGGGUAAAAAUUUACAUGACCAUUCAUACGCACCUAUUUUAUUCACUGGAAAAAAAGGAUUAAGCAGCGUAGUCCCAAAUCUUUUGGUACCUACUGAGUUAGAUUCCGUACCCGUUCCAAUACAAAACGGUUUCUUCCGUCUUAACAACACAUUUAGCUCUCCAAAUAAGCCUCAAUUUCAAUUCUUUAGUACGUAUUUCGGCGCCACAGCGUCUUUAGUAUUGCAAUAUGGUUGUAAAACCGUUAUAAAUUAUGAUGACGCGUACUGCACGUCAUUGGCUGAAGCCAAUUUAUUUAGAGAGGUAUUUCUAACUUCUUUGUUACUCCUGCAUCCGCUGUCCCGAGGCCAAGUAAAAUUACAAAGCAGCAGCCCUUUUGAAAAUCCCUUAAUAGAAAUGGGAUAUUUUCGAAAUGAAGAAGAUUUAAAAACGCUGGUGAGAGGAGUGAAAUAUAUAUCAGGUUUGACCAAAACUUCAUACUUUAGAAAAGUUGGUGGUCAGAUGUCUAGACUUAACGUUCCAGCUUGUAAAGAAUUUAAAUGGGGUUCAGAUGCCUAUUGGACCUGCUACGUCAGGAACACUGUAGGAUCACUUCUCCACCCUGUGGGAACUUGCAAAAUGGGAAUCGAUGGCGUGGUAGACGAAAGACUUAGGGUGCAUGGGAUCCAUGGGUUAAGGGUUGUUGAUGCGUCUGUCAUGCCUCGGAUUUCUAGCGGCAACACAAACGGCCCGACCAUGAUGAUUGGUGAGCGUGCGUCGGACCUAAUAAAGGAAGACUAUAGUCAACUAUAUUUGAACUACUUCCAAUAACAGAAAUAGAUUAAAUGAAAUAAAAAAAAAUCAGCGCCAAAUGCCAAGAGAAGGCAACUCCUAAAAAGAAGUACACCCCAUACAAGACAUAGUUUCAGUUAUGUUAUUGCAUGACCGCCUUUAAAAAUUAUCGGAAAUGCUGCGUGUGAUUCUAAGUACGCUAUUAGAUUUCUAUUUAGUUCAAUUAUUGAACUCGCAUUGGAGAUUUUUUUACGAUAGUACAGGAUAUGGAAUACACAUGUUUUCUUAUAAUAAACUUGUGAUGCGACAUAUAUUUACAAAAUCAUUCGAUACAAGUCGUCUGAUAAGUCUCGUUGCGCCUACAGCUUAUGGACUUUACUAUUUUUUUGGGAUCUGCCGCGGUUAUCACCGGGGGUACCCUGCUAACGGUGUACAAGCGAUACCCCGGCUUAGCAACCACGGCAGUCCCAAGAGGGGAUAGAGAGAAGGAAGAGAAGAGGAAGGAGUAGGAGUUUGUUAGGAUGGUUUGAAGGGAGAGGGAAGGGAGAGGGAAGGGAGAUGUUCGCGAACCCUUAUAGACCUCAAUGUGUAUUUGGCAACCAAGAGGUAUACACAUUACACUUUGUGCCUAGAGGCGCGGCAUAAUGUUCCCCCGUGCAAGCUUAUGGACGUUAGGCAAGCAACUCAUAAAACUAAGCCAAAGUCGACGUGCAAAUUAUUCAAAAAGUAUGUCUUUCCAACCCCACCUUGUAGUGGAAAAACAGAUAGAAAAUAUUCUGAUAACUGAUAAUUAGCAUUUAUUAAUACCAUUGUUGGAAUUCAUGUGAAUAAGGAAUUAAGAUUUUAUGUAUUUAGUAGGUACGCGGUACAUUAUUUGUUUACAUUUCGUGUUUAAGACUGCUAAUUUCAUUAAAAACAAUUGUAAAUUGAGUGAGGUAGCAUGUUUAGAAGGGUUAAUUUAAAAAAAAUCGUUUAAGACAUGAUGUAUUUUAAAGCUAGUCAUAAAAUUGUAUAUGAUU